AUUGUUUUUUUCAGUGUACCUGAUUCUGAGCACAACUCAGUGAUAACCUGAGACGACGAAACUUGCAUCUGAUCCCCUCGAACUGAUUUUCCCACUCGGCUAUCUCAGUAUUCAGGUCUGGUGUGUUAUAAACAACUGCAGGUGAAGAAGUUUUGAUCAGCGCAAGCUUCAGGAGGACCAUGAGAUUGUGGUUUUUACCAGUAUUGUGCACCUAAACUCUGCAGAGCAGCAUGGGCAGUCGUCCCAGUAAAGAUCGGCGCGGGUCCAACGCGCAUGCGGCCCCUUUGGACACAGAAGAGAGCACCAGCACGCUGUCUUUGGAUGGUGGUAGAUGUGUGGUGGUGUCCCUGUACGACUAUCCGUCCAGAGGUCCGGGUAACUGUGCUAUUAAAGUGGGAGAGAGGCUGAACAUUUUGUCAGAUGAAGGUGAAUGGUGGAAAGUGAGUUCCUCAGCCACAGGAAACGAGAGCUACAUCCCCAGCAAUUACACUGCCAAAGUGUACAACAGGUGGCAGUUUGUAGGUCUGAGCAAACAGAAAGCAGAAGAGCUGCUGCUGCUUCCUCAUAAUCAACCCGGCUCUUUUCUCAUCAGAGAAAGUGAGACCUUUCCAGGUAACCACACUCUGUCGGUGCGUAGGAACAGCUCACAGGAACGCGCUUCUGUCAAACACUACCGUAUCAGCUGUAUUGACAAUGGAUGGGUGUACAUCUCUCCUGGACUAACUUUCAGAACCCUUGCAGACCUGGUUGCACACUAUUCAGAAGUAUCGAACGGGUUGUGCUGUACACUGGGUGAACCCUGCUUCAUCAUCGGAUCCAAUAAUGUUCCCGUGGUAAACGGUCCUCCUCCCGUUGCUAUCAGGAGACCAACAAUAAACUGGAAAGAUGUGAACAGCUCCAUGAUCUUCGGACAAGGUAAAGAUGGUGCCGAAGAGUGUGUGGUGAGCGACGGUUUAAAGGAGGCGAUUAACUCUUACCUCUACAUGACGGACAAUUGCGAGGACUGCUGCCAAAUUUGGGACACAUGAAGGGACAAUGGCAACCGUUGGCAGACGUUUAGUCCUGUUGAAUCUUUGUGAUGGGAUGUUUAAGUGACUUUGAACUGUUGAUUGUGUUAUCCUGAGAUAUGAAACACUUACACAACGGCAUAAAAACCAAUACGGCAAAGAAAACGGACCUUCACCGCACUGACGCCGAAGGAUGGUUCGAAGCCAGAUGUACUGAGUCAUUGCCGUUCUUCCAGAGUGGGUGAUGGAGAUAAAGAUGUCACUCGUUCCUGGCGGACAUAAAAGAAAAACAGAAUGAAGGAAAGAAAGAGAGGAGUGAGCGUGUGGGAGGGGAAACACAGCUGGGCGGUGUGCGCAUGUGUCUGGAACUUUCUUAGUAAAACACGCUUAUUCGUUUACGUAGUUAUGUGAUGAUGGUGGGUGUACCUGAUUUAUGAUGCAUCACAAAAAUCCGAAAGGAUUGUUUUUUUGUUUUUUUAAUGACAUGUGAAUAUGUAUUUAUGAAUUAUACUGUAAAUCUCUGUAUAUAGUUCCUUAACAGAUUCUUUGCAUAUGCUGUUUUAUGCCAAUGUGCCUUAAAAAUGAGCAUCAUUGUUUUUGUACUACUAAAAAUUAUCUUCAAUGA